AUGGCACGGCUGCUUGCCAGGCUGCUGCUGCUGCUGCUCUGCAGGGCGCUGGGUGCCGGUGCCCAGGUCGGCGUGACCCUCCAGGUGCUGCAGCCCCAGGCCGAGGUGUCCGUGUCCGUCGGGAAGACGCUCACACUGAAGUGCACCGUGCUCGGAGACAAGRUGGCAGGGCCCGUGAAGUGGCUGAAGGAAUCGCGAGGAAAGAACGAGACCAUUUACGACCWAAAAGGCUCYGGGCCCCGUGUGACGAGGSUGGUGGACAGCUCCGACACAAACUACGACAUCAGCAUCAGCGACAUGCGAGUGGAGGACRCCGGGAGGUAUUACUGCGUGAAGUUCAGGAAGGGAGACUACGAGGACGAGGUGUUUUUGUUGGGCAGCGGCACGAAGGUGGUCGUGAACGCCAGCCCCGUGGACGUGGCUGUGAACGGGCCCCGGGAGCGCGUGGAGCCGGGCACCUCGGCGCGCUUCACCUGCACGGCCAGAGGCUUCUUUCCCAGCGACAUCCAGGUGCAGUGGCUCAAAAACGGGCACCAGUUGUCGGCGCUGCCAACCCAGGUCAUCCUGGAGGAGACGAACUCGUCCUACGCCAUGAGCAGCGCGGUGGAGAUGAACCUGGUGCCCGCCGAUGUCCGCACCCAGCUCAGCUGCCUGGUCAGGCACUCCACGCUGAGCACCGCGCUGCGCAGCACCUACAACGUGAGCAACAACCUGCGAGUGCCCCCCGCGCUGCGCCUGCUCGCCAGGCCCGCGGGCGCCGUGGAGCUCAACAGGACCGUGAACUUCACGUGCUCCGCGGAGGGCUUCUACCCCGGCGCCCUGAACCUCACGUGGCUGGAGAACGGCGUGGAGGUGCUGGCGGAGGCCGGCGGCCCCGCGCUCACCGCCCAGGGCACGUUCGAGCUGCGCAGCAGCCUGGCCGUGCAGGCGGCAGCGGAGAGGAACCAGUCGGUGAUCACCUGCCGCGUGGUGCACGACGCGCAGCGCCCCGUCAGCCGCAGCRUCACCCUGCUCGUCACCCUGCCGUCCACUGGGAAGGGGAGCGUCCCCGUCCUGCUGAGCAUCUCCUUGGGCGUCCUGCUGGAAAAGGGGCUCCUGGGCAUCGUCCUCUUCUACCUCUUCAAGCGCUAG